CAGCCAGUACAGUACAGUAUUGUAUAGUACAGUAAGUAUAUAGUAUAUAUAACGGCAGUAUAGUACAGUAUAGUACAGUAAGUAUAUAGUAUAUAAAGCCAGUAUAGUACAGUAUAGUACAGCAAACAUAUAGUACAUACAGUCAGUAUAGUACAGUAGCCUUACAUUCUGGCUCAGAAACUCAUUCGGGACUUCUCCUUAGAUGGGGGGCUGGUUUUGUGGCAGUUGGACUUUCUGAGCCAACGGUCAAAGUGGGUCAAAAUAGGUCCCCACGUGUCGGACAUACGCACCACCAACACAGUCUCUCCUCAGGGAUGUGUUGUGUCUCCACUCCACCACCAACACAGUCUCUCCUCAGGGAUGUGUUGUGUCUCCACUCCACCACCAACACAGUCUCUCCUCAGGGAUGUGUUGUGUCUCCACUCCACCACCAACACAGUCUCUCCUCAGGGAUGUGUUGUGUCUCCACUCCACCACCAACACAGUCUCUCCUCAGGGAUGUGUUGUGUCUCCACUCCACCACCAACACAGUCUCUCCUCAGGGAUGUGUUUUGUCUCCACUCCAACACAGUCUCUCCUCAGGGAUGUGUUGUGUCUCCACUCCACCACCAACACAGUCUCUCCUCAGGGAUGUGUUUUGUCUCCACUCCAACACAGUCACUCCUCAGGGAUGUGUUGUGUCCCCACUCCACCACCAACACAGUCUCUCCUCAGGGAUGUGUUGUGUCCCCACUCCACCACCAACACAGGGAUGUGUUUUGUCUCCACUCCACCACCAACACAGUCUCUCCUCAGGGAUGUGUUGUGUCCCCACUCCACCACCAACACAGUCUCUCCUCAGGGAUGUGUUGUGUCUCCACUCCACCACCAACACAGUCUCUCCUCAGGGAUGUGUUUUGUCUCCACUCCACCACCAACACAGUCUCUCCUCAGGGAUGUGUUGUGUCCCCACUCCACCACCAACACAGUCUCUCCUCAGGGAUGUGUUGUGUCUCCACUCCACCACCAACACAGUCUCUCCUCAGGGAUGUGUUUUGUCUCCACUCCAACACAGUCUCUCCUCAGGGAUGUGUUGUGUCUCCACUCCACCACCAACACAGUCUCUCCUCAGGGAUGUGUUUUGUCUCCACUCCAACACAGUCUCUCCUCAGGGAUGUGUUGUGUCUCCACUCCACCACCAACACAGUCUCUCCUCAGGGAUGUGUUUUGUCCCCACUCCACCACCAACACAGGGAUGUGUUUUGUCUCCACUCCACCACCAACACAGUCUCUCCUCAGGGAUGUGUUGUGUCUCCACUCCACCACCAACACAGUCUCUCCUCAGGGAUGUGUUGUGUCUCCACUCCACCACCAACACAGUCUCUCCUCAGGGAUGUGUUUUGUCCCCACUCCACCACCAACACAGUCUCUCCUCAGGGAUGUGUUGUGUCUCCACUCCAACACCAACACAGGGAUGUGUUGUGUCUCCACUCCACCACCAACACAGUCUCUCCUCAGGGAUGUGUUGUGUCUCCACUCCACCACCAACACAGGGAUGUGUUUUGUCUCCACUCCACCACCAACACAGGGAUGUGUUGUGUCUCCACUCCACCACCAACACAGUCUCUCCUCAGGGAUGUGUUGUGUCUCCACUCCACCACCAACACAGUCUCUCCUCAGGGAUGUGUUGUGUCUCCACUCCACCACCAACACAGUCUCUCCUCAGGGAUGUGUUGUGUCCCCACUCCACCACCAACACAGUCUCUCCUCAGGGAUGUGUUGUGUCCCCACUCCACCACCAACACAGUCUCUCCUCAGGGAUGUGUUGUGUCCCCACUCCACCACCAACACAGUCUCUCCUCAGGGAUGUGUUGUGUCCCCACUCCACCACCAACACAGUCUCUCCUCAGGGAUGUGUUGUGUCCCCACUCCACCACCAACACAGUCUCUCCUCAGGGAUGUGUUGUGUCUCCACUCCACCACCAACACAGUCUCUCCUCAGGGAUGUGUUGUGUCCCCACUCCACCACCAACACAGUCUCUCCUCAGGGAUGUGUUGUGUCUCCACUCCACCACCAACACAGGGAUGUGUUGUGUCCCCACUCCAACACAGUACUAGCUGAGUGGAGUACAUUACUAGCUGGACGGAGUACAGUACUAGCUGAGUGGAGUACAGUAUUAGCUGAGUGGGAGUACAGUACUAGCUGAGUGGAGUACAGUAUUAGCUGAGUAGAGUACAGUACUAGCUGAGUGGAGUACAGUAUUAGCUGAGUAGAGUACAGUACUAGCUGAGUGGAGUACAGUACUAGCUGGACGGAGUACAGUACUAGCUGAGUGGAGUACAGUACUAGCUGAGUGGAGUACAGUACUAGCUGGACGGAGUACAGUACUAGCUGAGUAGAGUACAGUACUAGCUGAGUGGAGUACAGUAUUCGCUGAGUAGAGUACAGUACUAGCUGAGUGGAGUACAUUACUAGCUGGACGGAGUACAGUAUUAGCUGGACGGAGUACAGUACUAGCUGAGUGGAGUACAGUACUAGCUGAGUGGAGUACAGUAUUAGCUGAGUAAAGUACAGUACUAGCUGGACGGAGUACAGUACUAGCUGAGUAGAGUACAGUACUAGCUGAGUGGAGUACAGUACUAGCUGGACGGAGUACAGUACUAGCUGGACGGAGUACAGUACUAGCUGAGUGGAGUACAGUACUAGCUGGAUGGAGUACAGUACUAGCUGAGUGGAGUACAGUACUAGCUGAGUGGAGUACAGUACUAGCUGGACGGAGUACAGUACUAUGGCAUAUAUAUAUAUAUUUAUAUAUACUAGCUGAGUGGAGUACAGUAUUAGCUGGACGGAGUACAGUACUAGCUGAGUGGAGUACAGUACUAGCUGAGUGGAGUACAGUACUAGCUGGACGGAGUACAGUACUAGCUGAGUGGAGUACAGUACUAGCUGAGUGGAGUACAGUAUUAGCUGGACGGAGUACAGUACUAGCUGAGUGGAGUACAGUACUAGCUGGACGGAGUACAGUACUAGCUGAGUGGAGUACAGUACUAGCUGAGUGGAGUACAGUAUUAGCUGGACGGAGUACAGUACUAGCUGAGUGGAGUACAGUACUAGCUGAGUGGAGUACAGUACUAGGUGAGUGGAGUACAGUAUUAGCUGGACGGAGUACAGUACUAGGUGAGUGGAGUACAGUACUAGCUGGACGGAGUACAGUACUAGGUGAGUGGAGUACAGUACUAGGUGAGUGGAGUACAGUAUUAGCUGGACGGAGUACAGUACUAGGUGAGUGGAGUACAGUACUAGGUGAGUGGAGUACAGUAUUAGCUGGACGGAGUACAGUACUAGGUGAGCGGAGUACAGUACUAGCUGAGUGGAGUACAGUACUAGCUGAGUGGAGUACAGUAUUAGCUGGACGGAGUACAGUACUAGCUGAGUGGAGUACAGUACUAGCUGAGUGGAGUACAGUACUAGGUGAGUGGAGUACAGUACUAGCUGGACGGAGUACAGUACUAGGUGAGUGGAGUACAGUACUCUCUGUCUCUCUUCUCCUCUUCUCCUCUUCUCCUCCCUUCUAAGAUGGUGCUUACAUAGCCAUGCUGUAAACUGGUCUCUCUCUUCUCUUCUCUUCUCUUCUCUUCUCUUCUCUUCUCUUCUCUUCUCUUCUCUCCCAGUUUAACCCAGAUAUCAUAUUCCUCCAGGCUUCACUGAACAAUAGAGCUUUUAUCAUCCUCAUGGAGCACCUACACACACACACACACACACACACACACACACACACACACACACACACACACACACACACACACACACACACACACACACACACACACACACACACACUCAAAAAUACACUUGCAGAUUAUGAAUCUGCGCGGGCUCUGAGCUCUGUUACUGUUGACACGUUAUCAAGAGAUUCAUAAAGUUAUUUAAAGUUUUGUAAAUUUGUAAAAAGAGAUUCAUAAAACCAGUACGAUCUACUGGGAGGUAAUCAUCUCUUUGAUUUGUGUACAUAGAUUGAUUAUGUGAAAAUUACAUGCCAUUAGUUUGCUUAAAUAAAUACAAAUGUCAUCAAUCUACACACAAUACCCCAUGAUGAAGAAGUGAAAACAGGUUUUUAGACAUUUUUAUUAAAAAUAAAAAGCGAAAUACCUUAUUUACAUAAGUAUUCAGACCCUGGCUCAUCCGUGAGAUGUUUCUAGAAGUUGAUUACCUGUGGUAAAUUCAACUGAUUUGGACAGGCCUGUCUAUAUAAGUUCCCCACAGUUGACAGUCGCUCUCCUCCAGCACACAGACACUGUUGACUGACUGAACUGACAAUGGCCCCAAGUCUUAUAUUUUUCUCCUUGUGCAUUUUGCUAUUUGCCUCAUGACUCCUGCUUUGUUGACUAUGAACUUUCUUGUUGACCCAACCGUGCGACAGACUCUGUUUGUUUCCACACUCAGGACUUUGACUCUAUAUAGGUUACAAAGACUUAAAACAAAAUCAGGAAUCAAGGUAAGACCCAAGUGCAGACUGUCAGGACAGGCAGAGUAGAGACCAAGGUACAGGACGGCUGGCUCAGGGUCAGAGACAGGCAGAGGUCUGUAAUCCAGAGACCAAGGUACAGGAUGGCAGGCUGGCUCAGGGUCAGAGACAGGCAGAGGUCUGUAAUCCAGAGUAGAGACCAAGGUACAGGACGGCAGGCUCAGGGUCAGAGACAGGCAGAGGUCUGUAAUCCAGAGACCAAGGUACAGGACGGCAGGCUCAAUGUCAGAGACAGGCAGAGGUCUGUAAUCCAGAGACCAAGGUACAGGACGGCAGGCUCAGGGUCAGAGACAGGCAGAGGUCUGUAAUCCAGAGUAGAGACCAAGGUACAGGACGGCAGGCUGGCUCAGGGUCAGAGACAGGCAGAGGUCUGUAAUCCAGAGUAGAGACCAAGGUACAGGACGGCAGGCUGGCUCAGGGUCAGAGACAGGCAGAGGUCUGUAAUCCAGAGACCAAGGUACAGGACGGCAGGCUCAGGGUCAGAGACAGGCAGAGGUCUGUAAUCCAGAGACCAAGGUACAGGACGGCAGGCUCAAUGUCAGAGACAGGCAGAGGUCUGUAAUCCAGAGACCAAGGUACAGGACGGCAGGCUCAGGGUCAGAGACAGGCAGAGGUCUGUAAUCCAGAGUAGAGACCAAGGUACAGGACGGCAGGCUGGCUCAGGGUCAGAGACAGGCAGAGGUCUGUAAUCCAGAGUAGAGACCAAGGUACAGGACGGCAGGCUGGCUCAGGGUCAGAGACAGGCAGAGGUCUGUAAUCCAGAGACCAAGGUACGGAACGGCAGGCUCAGGGUCAGAGACAGGCAGAGGUCUGUAAUCCAGAGUAGAGACCAAGGUACAGGACGGCUGGCUCAGGGUCAGAGACAGGCAGAGGUCUGUAAUCCAGAGACCAAGGUACAGGAUGGCAGGCUGGCUCAGGGUCAGAGACAGGCAGAGGUCUGUAAUCCAGAGUAGAGACCAAGGUACAGGACGGCAGGCUCAGGGUCAGAGACAGGCAGAGGUCUGUAAUCCAGAGACCAAGGUACAGGACGGCAGGCUCAAUGUCAGAGACAGGCAGAGGUCUGUAAUCCAGAGACCAAGGUACAGGACGGCAGGCUCAGGGUCAGAGACAGGCAGAGGUCUGUAAUCCAGAGUAGAGACCAAGGUACAGGACGGCAGGCUGGCUCAGGGUCAGAGACAGGCAGAGGUCUGUAAUCCAGAGACCAAGGUACAGGACGGCUGGCUCAGGGUCAGAGACAGGCAGAGGUCUGUAAUCCAGAGUAGAGACCAAGGUACAGGACGGCAGGCUGGCUCAGGGUCAGAGACAGGCAGAGGUCUGUAAUCCAGAGUAGAGACCAAGGUACAGGACUGCAGGCAGGCUCAGGGUCAGAGACAGGCAGAGGUCUGUAAUCCAGAGACCAAGGUACAGGACGGCAGGCUCAGGGUCAGAGACAGGCAGAGGUCUGUAAUCCAGAGUAGAGACCAAGGUACAGGACGGCAGGCUGGCUCAGGGUCAGAGACAGGCAGAGGUCUGUAAUCCAGAGUAGAGACCAAGGUACAGGACGGCAGGCUCAGGGUCAGAGACAGGCAGAGGUCUGUAAUCCAGAGUAGAGACCAAGGUACAGGACGGCAGGCUGGCUCAGGGUCAGAGACAGGCAGAGGUCUGUAAUCCAGAGACCAAGGUACAGGACGGCUGGCUCAGGGUCAGAGACAGGCAGAGGUCUGUAAUCCAGAGUAGAGACCAAGGUACAGGACGGCAGACUGGCUCAGGGUCAGAGACAGGCAGAGGUCUGUAAUCCAGAGACCAAGGUACAGGACUGCAGGCUGGCUCAGGGUCAGAGACAGGCAGAGGUCUGUAAUCCAGAGUACAGACCAAGGUACAGGACGGCAGGCUCAGGGUCAGAGACAGGCAGAGGUCUGUAAUCCAGAGUAGAGGCCAAGGUACAGGACGGCAGGCUGGCUCAGGGUCAGAGACAGGCAGAGGUCUGUAAUCCAGAGUAGAGACCAAGGUACAGGACGGCAGGCUCAGGGUCAGGACAGGCAGAGGUCUGUAAUCCAGAGACCAAGGUACAGGACGGCUGGCUCAGGGUCAGGACAGGCAGAGGUCUGUAAUCCAGAGUAGAGACCAAGGUACAGGACGGCUGGCUCAGGGUCAGAGACAGGCAGAGGUCUGUAAUCCAGAGUAGAGACCAAGGUACAGGACGGCAGGCUGGCUCAGGGUCAGAGACAGGCAGAGGUCUGUAAUCCAGAGACCAAGGUACAGGACGGCAGGCUCAGGGUCAGAGACAGGCAGAGGUCUGUAAUCCAGAGUACAGACCAAGGUACAGGACGGCAGGCUCAGGGUCAGAGACAUGCAGAGGUCUGUAAUCCAGAGACCAAGGUACAGGACGGCAGGCUCAGGGUCAGAGACAGGCAGAGGUCUGUAAUCCAGAGUAGAGACCAAGGUACAGGACGGCAGGCUGGCUCAGGGUCAGAGACAGGCAGAGGUCUGUAAUCCAGAGACCAAGGUACAGGACGGCAGGCUCAGGGUCAGAGACAGGCAGAGGUCUGUAAUCCAGAGUACAGACCAAGGUACAGGACUGCAGGCUGGCUCAGGGUCAGAGACAGGCAGAGGUCUGUAAUCCAGAGUAGAGACCAAGGUACAGGACGGCAGGCUCAGGGUCAGAGACAGGCAGAGGUCUGUAAUCCAGAGACCAAGGUACAGGACGGCUGGCUCAGGGUCAGAGACAGGCAGAGGUCUGUAAUCCAGAGUAGAGACCAAGGUACAGGACGGCAGGCUGGCUCAGGGUCAGAGACAGGCAGAGGUCUGUAAUCCAGAGACCAAGGUACAGGACGGCAGGCUCAGGGUCAGAGACAGGCAGAGGUCUGUAAUCCAGAGUACAGACCAAGGUACAGGACGGCAGGCUCAGGGUCAGAGACAUGCAGAGGUCUGUAAUCCAGAGACCAAGGUACAGGACGGCAGGCUCAGGGUCAGAGACAGGCAGAGGUCUGUAAUCCAGAGUAGAGACCAAGGUACAGGACGGCAGGCUGGCUCAGGGUCAGAGACAGGCAGAGGUCUGUAAUCCAGAGACCAAGGUACAGGACGGCAGGCUCAGGGUCAGAGACAGGCAGAGGUCUGUAAUCCAGAGUACAGACCAAGGUACAGGACUGCAGGCUGGCUCAGGGUCAGAGACAGGCAGAGGUCUGUAAUCCAGAGACCAGGGUACAGGACGGCAGGCUCAGGGUCAGAGACAGGCAGAGGUCUGUAAUCCAGAGACCAAGGUACAGGACGGCAGGCUCAAUGUCAGAGACAGGCAGAGGUCUGUAAUCCAGAGACCAAGGUACAGGACGGCAGGCUCAGGGUCAGAGACAGGCAGAGGUCUGUAAUCCAGAGUAGAGACCAAGGUACAGGACGGCAGGCUGGCUCAGGGUCAGAGACAGGCAGAGGUCUGUAAUCCAGAGUAGAGACCAAGGUACAGGACGGCAGGCUCAGGGUCAGAGACAGGCAGAGGUCUGUAAUCCAGAGACUAAGGUACAGGACGGCAGGCUCAGGGUCAGAGACAGGCAGAGGUCUGUAAUCCAGAGUAGAGACCAAGGUACAGGACGGCAGGCUGGCUCAGGGUCAGAGACAGGCUGAGGUCUGUAAUCCAGAGUAGAGACCAAGGUACAGGACGGCAGGCUCAGGGUCAGAGACAGGCACAGGUCUGUAAUCCAGAGACCAAGGUACAGGACGGCUGGCUCAGGGUCAGGAAAGAGAGAGAGAGAGAGAGAUGGAAAGAUACAGGGAAAGGGUGAGAGAUAACAAGAGAGAGAGAGAGAGAGAGAGAGAGAGAGAGAGAGAGAGAGAGAGAGAGAGAGAGAGAUGGAAAGAUACAGGGAAAGGGAGAGAGAUAACAAGAGGGUGAGAGAGAGAGGGAGAUGGAAAGAUACAGGGAAAGGGAGAGAGAGAGAGAGAGAGAGAUGGAAAGAUACAGGGAAAGGGAGAGAUAACAAGAGGGAGAGAGAGAGAGAGAGAUGGAAAGAUACAGGGAAAGAGAGAGAGAGAGAUGGAAAGAUACAGGGAAAGAGAGAGAGAGAGAUGGAAAGAUACAGGGAAAGAGAGAGAGAUAACAAGAGGGUGAGAGAGAGAGAGAGAUGGAAAGAGAGAGAGAGAUGGAAAGAUACAGGGAAAGAGAGAGAGAGAUGGAAAGAUACAGGGAAAGAGAGAGAGAUAACAAGAGGGCAGAGUCGUACAUUUCCUCAGUGAAAACAAUGUACUAAGCAAAUGUCAAAUUAGCUUUUCACCAAUUUACCGCACGACAGACCACGCAUUCACCCUGCACACCCUAACAAACAAACAAACAAACAAAAACAAAGACAAAGGCUUUUCAUGCUGAUCUUCUGCACAGACUCUGUCAGAGCUGGGCCCUGACUGUAACAUAAUAAUAAUGGUGUUCCAACAACGGUCCAGGACCACAAAUACAAAUUCCAUCUAGACACCGUUGCUCUAAAAACAAACUGCAUGAACCUCGGCCUAAACAUCAGUGCCACAGGUAACUUCCACAAAGCUGUGAUCGAUCUGAGAGACAAGGCAAGAAGGGCCUUCUAUGCCAUCAAAAGGAACAUAAAAUUCGACAUCCCAAUUUGGAUCUGGCUAAAAAUAGUUGAAUCAAUUAUAGAAUUCAUUGUCCUUUAUGGUUGUGAGGUCUUGGGGUCCGCUCACCAACUAAGAAUUCACAAAAUGGGACCAACACCAAAUUGACACCAAAAUAUCCUCAGUAACGUAAAACACCAAAUAAUGCACGCAGAGCAGAAUUAGGCCGAUACCCGCUAAUGAUCAAAAUCCAGAAAAGAGACGUUCAAUUCUACAACCACCUAAAAGG